CGACUUGUUACUCAUUUUAUUUCUCUCUGUAUUUCUUUCUAUGUCUGCCUCCUUUACUCCCUUUUUGUCUCAUUAAUCUUCAUCCUAUUCUCUUCCUUUUCUCACAAAGUUGUUCUCAUCAAUUCCAGGUAAACCAUAUGUUUUAAUUAUUGUGCUCAUUUGAAAUAAUUUGUUCACUCAUCUCUUCCUGUAACCUUUCCAACUAAACUGUUUCCUUUGUUAUUUCCAGAUUCUCAUCAUAAGCUAUUCCGAUUAGAUUCUUUAAUUGUCUAAUUAGCUUUGAGAAUUAAAGGUUCCUUAGUGAUAGUUAUGUGUCUAUUGAACAAGCUGAUUGAGAGCUUCAAUUAAUUAAUUCAAAAUUGUUCGGAAACCUAAUAAUAUCCUGAAAAUUUACAUAAAUAUGGCAACAUCGAAGCUGUUAGAUAAUCUUUCAUCAAAAAUCAGGUAUCAUUAACAAGUGUAUCUUACUGGUGAUAUUUCCUUGGUCUAACUGGAUUAUGAAGAUACCUAUGAACAUAAACAAUCAAUAACAAGUGAAGACACGAAAAUAAGAUUAGACCCAAAAAUAACUACAAUUUGUUGAUAUACUGCUCGACGUUAGAAUCAGCCGUCUUUCAAGCCUUUCUUAAUAUAUUUAACCAUGAUUGGAAAAGGCCAACUUCCUAAUCAUAGCCCGACAACUCCUGAUUAUGAUUAUUUAAUCAAAUUUUUGUCUCUCGGUGACUCCGGAGUUGGCAAAACAAGUUUCCUUUAUCAAUAUACUGAUGGUUCUUUUGACGGAAAAUUUAUUUCCACCGUUGGAAUCGAUUUUAGAGAAAAAAGAAUUGUUUAUAAACCACAAAAUUUAGAGGGAACUUCAAGGAGAAGUCAAAGAAUUCAUCUUCAACUAUGGGAUACUGCAGGACAAGAAAGAUUUCGUAGUUUAACAACUGCUUUUUUUCGUGAUGCGAUGGGCUUCAUUCUAAUUUUUGAUAUAACAAGUGAACAAUCUUUUCUCAAUAUUCGUGGAUGGUUGGACCAACUAAAAACACAUGCUUACUGUAACGAUCCAGAUGUAAUUUUGUGUGGAAACAAAGUAGACCUAUUCGAGAAGAGAGUCGUUUCUGAAGAGAGGGCCAAACAAGAAGCUCAAAAGUAUGGUCUUCCAUAUUUUGAAACAAGUGCAGCAACAGGUCAAAAUGUGACCAAAGCAAUCGAAACAUUAUUAGAUCUUGUCAUGGUUCGCAUGCAAAAAGUUGUUGAAAGUAGUCUAUUCUCACCAAGUCGAGGUUUAACCGGAGGUUAUGGGUCAACCCUUAAAUUGGAGGAAAAUAAUGAGCACAAAUCAAAAUCAUCUUGUACUUCUUGUUGAUUACACUGUCUUUGUGCCUUAACCAACCACCAAAUCAAUCAUCCAAUCGUCGGAUAUCAUACGAGCUACUGCGAAUCAAAGAAGUUAAAAAAUACAAAAAAAAAGAUUUUCCAAAAAAUGAAAUUCCUGACUGGCCAAAUCAUCAACUAAUUUCAAAGCUAAAUACUAUCAUAAACAAAAGCAACUUGUAUCAGAUCAACUAUUUACAUGUUAUCAACCCUGUUAUCAUCGUCAUCAACUGAACAAUAUCACAUUAAUCUCACAACAAUUGGUCAAACUUUUUCGCUUGAAUAUUUUGCGUCGAUUCUAGUUAAUUGUUUUGUUAAUUUUCUUUCGAUUUUUUUACUCACUCGAGAAAAAUGUACCAAAGAAGACGAAAAGUUUGCCCAUCAUUUUAACCAGUGCUCUUACCAUCUUAUAUCAACAAUUUUUGAUGCUAAUUUCAAGCAGAAUCAAUCACUUCAACUGUCAACUGUCACUUCUAUAUCAGAUUUGUUUUAAGCAAUUUAUCUGACUUUUUCUUGUUCAACCUCAGUGUGAAUCAAAUUAACAAUAUCAAACUCGAUAAUAAAUACAAACAAUAUGCUUAUAAAUAUAGAUAAUAUAAUAUUCUGUAUAGAGUAACGGAUUGAAUCAAUUUUAAAUGCUAAUUGAAUAAAAUUAAACCAUGGAAUACAAA